GCGUUGUCAUGCCAAUCAAUAAUUCCACUAGAGAAAAGAGAAACAAAAAAACAAAGAAGAGAAAAAUCAAAGCUCAUCAGACAAGCUUUUGAAAAUUGAUUUGUCUGAUAAAAGUGAUAAACAUGUCAUGCAGAGAUAAUGAUCUGUUGAUGAUCUCCCUCCAAACACAGAAUCCCAAUCGAAGCACAAAGACCAAAACAAUAAUUUGUCAAGUCAACCAAAAACCAUCACAGAAGAAAAAGAGAAGAAGCCCAAAAUAACCUCAUAGUUUUCUUGGUGAAGGCAGAUGCCGUUUUCCAAAACCCAUUUCAACCACACCUCCAUAGCCAUAACUAUCCCACUGGAUAUAGCAACCAAAGUCAUGGCUUCAUUAAUGGCUCCGGUGAGUCUGAAAAUGACUCAGUGCAGGCUCGGCGGUUAGUUGGGCACAGUCUUCACUGCUGUCAUUAAAUGUUUUACCUUCUUUUUUGCUUCUCAAAAUCUCUACUGCCCGUGCCGCUCUCUUUUAGAAACUCCUAUUAAGUUUCUCUAAUCAAAAGCUUAUUAGUCAUCAUAUUCCCAUUUUUAUUAUUAUAACGUGGGUUGGGUUUAGGCGCUGGCGUUUCAAGAAUGCAGACUCAAAGCUCGUGACUGGAGCUGAGUAAGAAUUUUCCCUUUUAUUUUUUGUUCAGUUCUACAGAGCACAAAACAGAAAGAAAUUUGCCAUUUUGUUCAUUGGGUAAUUCUUGUAUUGCUUAAAUUUUCUUUCUUUGGUAAAGAAAAGAACAAUCCCAGAGAUGACCAAGAAGAAUCUCCAUUGACCAUCAUGAAACUGUUCUCUGUAUUGUCACAAACUGAAACAGCAAUGGGAGUGAGAACCCAAGUUGGCGCCUUUGCAAUAGCGCUAAUCUUGUUCUUGAUUCAGAGCGGUUUUGCCCAGCAAGGUUCUUUAAGCUCCAGCGUACAACGGUCAGCGUUACUAGACCUCCGGUCGUCGUUGGGUCUCAGAAGCAAAGACUGGCCCAUAAAGGCUGACCCUUGCUCUUGGACCGGAGUUACAUGCAAGAACGGCAAAGUUAUUGGGAUCACGGUGUCCGGUUUAAGGCGAACCAGACUUGGCCGGACCAACCCCCGCUUCGCCGUAGAUUCAUUGGCCAAUUUCACCCUCUUGGCUACUUUCAACGCCUCUGGCUUUGCGCUUCCCGGGACUAUACCCGAAUGGUUUGGCCAAAGACUAAGUGCUCUCCAAAUGCUUGAUCUUAGGUCUGCUUCGGUCACUGGUCCUAUACCUCAGUCGCUUGGUAAUUUGAGCAAGCUUAAUACUUUGUAUUUAUCUGGAAAUAAUAUUGCUGGUAUUAUACCUUCUGCACUGGGAAACAUAGCACAGUUGGUGAUUCUUGAUCUUUCGCGUAAUUCACUUACUGGUUCAAUACCGUCAGGUUUUGCCUCUCUAAGAAAUCUUACAAGGCUUGACCUUUCUUCAAAUUUCUUAUCUGGGCAAAUUCCACCAGGUUUAGGUACCCUUACCAGACUUCAAUUCUUGAACCUAGCUAAUAAUAGUCUCACUGAUUCCAUUCCUGUUCAGUUUGGUAACCUUUCCCAGUUGCUUGAGCUUGAUCUUAGCAAGAAUUCGUUGUCUGGGUCAUUUCCUGUGGAAUUGAGGGGAUUGAGGAGUUUGAGGAAGAUGGAGAUUGGAAAUAAUGAUCUAGAGGGUCCACUGUCAGAGGGUUUGUUUUCAACUCUUGUUCAGCUACAAGUUCUAGUUCUUAGUCGGAAUAAGUUUGAUGGUGCUCUUCCUGGUGCAUUGUGGUCACUUCCCAGUUUGCGCUUUCUAGAUGUCUCCAGCAACGAUUUUACAGGAACUCUGCCGAGCCUGGGCCCAAAUGCUAGUGUUAGUGGUGCUGUGUUCAACCUCUCUUAUAAUCUCUUAUAUGGAAACCUGACUCUUCCUCUUGGGAAAUUUGGUUCAAUCGAUUUGUCUGCUAACUUUUUGCAAGGCAAGGUGCUAGAAGAUAGUCAAAGCAAUGGUACUCUUGCUAGAAAUUGCCUUCAGAUGUUACCAAAUCAAAGGAGUUUGCAGGAUUGUAGGCAGUUUUAUGAACGGAAGAGAUUAAUGUUCGAUGAUUUUGGGGCCCUAGAACCAACUCAGCCACCUUUCCUUCAACCUGACUCGAAGAGCAGGAAGCGAUUAAUAUUUAUACUGGUUGGGAUAUUUGGCGGACUUGGCUUCAUUGGGAUUUUGGUACUUGUUCUGGUAGUGCUCCUGAAAAUGUGCAAUAAAAGCACAAAUCAACGAGGAAGUGCAAAUGUCGGGCCUGUUCCAGAUGGAGAUGGCCCUUCAAUCCCCAAAGAUCUCGUCUAUGUAUUUGGCCGAGGAGAUUCAUUUACAUAUGAGCAGAUUCUCCAAUUCACUAGAGAUUUUAGUGAAGCAAAUCUUAUAGAGCAUGGACACUCUGGAGACAUAUACCUGGGGUCCUUGGUGAGUGGAACACCUGUAGUAAUCAAAAGGGUAGAUUUGCAUUGCGUCAAUAAAGAAUCCUAUGUGCUAGAAAUGGAUUUAUUCAACAAGGUUUCACAUACAAGAUUGGUGCCACUUUUGGGGUACUGCUUGGAGCACGAGAGCGAGAAGUUUCUGGUUUACAAAUACAUGCCAAAUCGAGACUUGGCUAGUUCCUUGCACAGAGUUACCAAUUCAGAAGAUGGCAAUUUAAAGUCCCUGGAUUGGAUUACAAGAUUAAAAAUUGCAAUUGGAGCAGCUGAAGUCCUAGCUUACCUACAUCAUGAGUGUAGCCCACCCCUUGUUCACAGGGAUGUUCAAGCAAGCAGUAUACUUCUCGAUGAUAAAUUUGAGGUCCGACUUGGAAGCUUGAGUGAGGUCCGUGUUCAAGGGGAUGCUAACCAAAAUGUGAUCACGAGGUUGUUGCGGAAACAACAAACUUCUGAACAAACCCCUUCUGCCUCAUCAUCGGUGGCUUGCGCUUACGAUGUCUACUGUUUCGGGAAGGUUUUGCUUGAGCUUGUGACGGGUAAACUUGGCAUCAGCAAAUCAGAUGAUGCCUCAACAAGAGAGUGGCUGGAUCACACAGUGCGUUACAUCAGCAUAUAUGACAAGGAACUGGUUAAUAAGAUUCUUGACCCAUCUCUGAUAGUAGAUGAUGAUCUACUGGAAGAGGUAUGGGCCAUGGCAAUCGUGGCCAGGUCCUGCCUUAACCCCAAGCCUUCCAAGCGUCCCCUGAUGAGAUAUAUCCUUAAAGCAUUGGAAAACCCUCUAAAAGUGGUGAGGGAAGAUAGUUCGAGCUCUGCAAGGCUGCGGACAACUUCAUCUAGAAGAUCCUGGAGCGCUGCUUUCUUCGGUAGCUGGCGGCACAGCUCAUCGGAGAGUGCCACUGUUCCUGGCCAUGCAAACAGGGAGAGCAUCAGUAGCUUAAAACAGCCGGGGCUACUAGGUGGAAAUGAGUCUUCCGCUUCCCGUAAAAGGUUAUCAAAUGAAAUUUUCCCUGAGCCGAUUGAAAUGCAAGAUCUCGAGAGGCAAGAAGAACAUUGAAAGAGUGCUGAACCACCAGUUUCAUUGCUUGGCAACUGGGUUUAUGAGGCAUCUGGUUUGAUGUUCAUCUGGCGGAAAUGUAAAUGGAAAAUCAAGUUGAUCCAUUAAGUUGAGACAGAUUCUUAUUCAUAUUAGAGCUUGUUAAUUGUAGAAAACAAGCCGCAAAGUCUCUGUGAUAGAUGUUUUUAAAAAAAUAUCCCAAGAAUGGAGUAUAAAAUUUGAUAAAA